CAGAUGGUUGGAAUCUUGGGUGGCGAGGCUCGAGAGCCUGUGGGCUGCACACGCGGCAAAGUACCGACGGGAGACAGGAAGAAGAGGAGAGGAAAAAAUGGACUGGAAAAGGGGAAAGAAGGAAACGGAACAAUAAAUGAAUCACCCGGGCUCAAUACGGCGUGCUCUUUCUCAUCUCUUAACGUCACCCGUGCAAACUGUCCGCCACUCGCCACCCGCGGCGUUCGCCUCCAUCGUGACAAGAUUCCUUUGGGCGCUGAGCCGUAGAAACUGGACCGCUGCGCUGAUUAGUGGUGACGUUUGACCCUUAGCGAGAAGCGAAACUUGAUUGAAAGCAGCGCUUGCGCCCUGUGUUCGCCCUUUCUCUGGAUUUGCACUGUAUCUCAGCAUUUCCACCUGGGCAUUUCCUAUAGUUACACAUCGCUGUUCCUCAUUGCCCUUCCGAGCCUAGACCGUGCGCAUCUUUGCGGAUCGACUACUGAUCAUAGAUCCUGUAGCCUGUAAUCUCCCCUGAUCAUCCACACGGACCUCGCAAUCCGCACCGCUCUUCCGCCACUCCAUCAUUCCCGCAUCUGCAUCCACGGCGACCGCGUUGCCCCUUCUCUCCCUCACCGCCCCUCUUCCGCCGUAGCCAAGCGAUCUAAUCGCGCAUUAUCUCAUUAUCAGUACCUAUCAUUGCUGAGCGCGUUGCUGCUCCUCGAUUAAUAUGCAAAGCACCAACGCGCCUGUUAACGGUGGUGUUUCCCAACAGUGGCAGUCGGCCAUGCAGGGCAUGUACUCAGGUGCCCAGCAGAGGCCCACAUCCAAUUCGAAGCCCUAUAACGCGCCGGAUGCUAAUGGUAUGCCCGCCAAGAAGGACGAUGCGAAUCAAUCCAUGUACUCUGUCAACACAGAAAAUGGCUAUCCCGCGUAUCAGCAACAAGGGUAUGGCACGCUUGGAGGCUUAGGACAAUAUGGAUACAAUAGUGCUGGACUGGGCGGCCUGUCAGCAGCAUAUGGUGGAGCAACAUCAUCAACAGCUGGUGCGACCAAUGGACGCAGAACAUCUGGCCAGAGGAUGAUGACCCCGCCUCCUCACCCCUCUUCAGUUGCAACAAACACCUCUCCAUCUGCUCGAUAUUACACUGGUCAAGAAGGUGAGGCAGGCCGUCAUGCUUCGCCCUAUCAGCCCGCUUCCGCACCCCCUCAGAUCCUCUCUCAUCAGUUCAACGCCAUGACCAAUUCACCUCAAACAGCCCAAGGUUACCCCCAAUAUCAGUACAAUCAACAGUCGCAUCAACAAAAUCCAACCCAAUGGGCGGGAUAUCCUACGUACGGUCAGUCACAGGCCCAAGCUCGUAAUAAUAUGUCCGGACGAUUGAGCACGACACCGGCCAUCCCACAAAACAGUGCGCUGGGCGACAGUUCAGCUCGACAGCAGCCUACCUCGAUGUACGAUUACACCACCCACGCCCUUCAACAAUGGCCCGCCUCUGAUCUGUCAAAGGUGCCGAGCGCUCACCAGAACUCAUGGCAGAACGCCCAGUCCUUGUCAAGACUGACACAGGCUCAAUCACCAGCCCUUGGUCAAACGCAACCAUCAUCCGCUUCUCAACCCACUUCAUCGACAUCAUCCACACAAAAUGCGUCACCCGCUGUCCCUCAAAGCGGCUGGCAAGGAUACCCCUCUAUCCCUAGCAUACCUCCGCAUACACUAGGUGGAGGACAUUUGAUGAGUGGGCAACCGUACGGCUGGGGACACACCCAACAAUGGGGUGGUUAUUAUGGCGCUCAACAACCAUCCCAGGCGCCUCAAGGGACCCCGGCUCAUCGACCUCCGUUGAAUAACUUUCCAACUGGCAGCACCAGCUCUGCGCCUGCAGAGUCUCUCCCUACUGGGCGAAAGAGGAUGAGCAAGGAUAAAGGCAAAACGGCCAAGGAAAAGGAGGAAAACAGAAGUCAUUUCGAAGAUUAUCAUGGGUUGGGUAAGCGUUCUGCAGAAGCCGUGGUUGAGGAGAUACCUGGGGAAGAUAAGAAAGAGAGCAAGAAGAAGAAGGGUAAGGAAGAAAAGGAGAAGCCGGUUCCCAAAGCCAAGUCUCAUCUGCAUCCACCAAAACAAGCACCCUCCUCGUGGCAACUCUUUUUCGCCGAUGAACUUGCCAAAGCCAAAGCAGCUGAACCCGAGUCAAGAUCCCCAGGCGGUACUUCACAUCCACAAAAACUUAAUGUCGCACAGAUAGCUAAAGAGGCUGGCGUGGCAUAUGCGAACCUCAGUGAGGAAAGGAAAAAAUAUUAUGCUGAGCGCGUCAAGGAGCAUAGAGAGAUUUACGCGAAGGAGUUGGCGGCUUGGCAAGCAACACUAACUCCUGAGGACAUUCGUGCUGAGAACGCGUUCAGAGCCCAGCAAAGGAAAGAAGGAAAGUCGCGCAAGGGAAAUAUCAAAGAUCCGAACGCGCCAAAGAAACCCCUCAGUGCCUAUUUUUUAUUUUUGAAGGCUAUUAGAGAGAACAGCGAUAUCAGAGCUCAAGUUUGGGGAACCGAGGCUGAGACUACUAAGCAAAGCGUUAUGGCGGCUGAGAAGUGGAGAAGUUUAACUGAUGACGAAAAGAGACCUUACCUCGAACAAGCUGAACAUGAUAAGCAAACCUACGAGACUGCUCGUAAGCAGUACGAGGAAGAUUCUGCUGCUCGCGCUCGAGGUGAAGACGUUCCCAUUAGGGCUGUGGAAGCACCCGCUUCGCCGCCUAAGCCUCCUGCAUCUAUCUUGAGAUCUAUCCACGGAGGACAAGCACCGGUUACCAAGUCAUCACCUUCUGUGACAGAUUCUGCACCUCAUCCUGCGCCUCAUUCAGACCUCGAACCAGGCAUCACCUCUCUGGGCAAGUCACCCUCACCCAACCCUCCCUCUGAACCUAGUCUUGCCCAGUUUCACACUUCACCUCGCUCUGUCCCUCAUUAUGACCCCUCACUCGAGGUGGAUGAUUUCCAAGGAUUCUCUGAUCCUCUUAACAUGGAUCUGUCGGGUUUGGACGGCAUAGAUGUUGGGUCUAUGGAAGUAGGUGCUGGUGGCGAUAGUGAACAACCGUGGGAUGAGCUGCAAAAGCUCAUAGGCACAGAAGAUGUGUAUAGUUCAGCAAAGCUUCAGCCUGCAGCGCAUAUCGUACCUGACGCUUCAACCGCAGCAAGAGUCGCCCCUGCUUCUGGAUUUGAAAGCACUGACAUUUCAGUUGCGCCAUCCUAUGCUGAAGCUAAGAACGAGACACAGCAAGAGACUUCCUUGAAUGGGACCCCUGAGGGGAACGGGAAUGAGUCAAAGGUACGCCAUAUUGCAGAGGCAGCGGAGGGCGAGUUGGCUGUGCUUCCAGCUCUAGGCGAAAAUACCGCCCAGAAGAACCAAGGGGGUUUAGAGGUCAUGGUUGGAGCAGGGGAAGCCCGAAGACAUAAUAAAAACUUGUCAACUGAAUCAGGACAGGCGGCUGCCGACGCUCCAGUGGUUGAUGGGGUGUAAAAUGGGGCUUUGUGGUUUAUAAUAUAAUAUGUAGUGAAGGUUUUGCGUGGACCAUCAUAUAUUCAUAUCAGAUUCAACAUCCUUGCUAUACGCGAAUAGGAGCAUACAUUGAUAUAUUGUAGUUUUAUCUUAUUAAUCUUGCUUUCCAACACGUAGUACAUCCAUCUGUAUUAUUGUAAUAUGUUCAUGAAUUGAUGGACUCGUUAAUUGACCGCUUUUUCUGUGAGCAAAUCGCUACAGCUAUAUAUUG